CCAGGACGUCUCUUGACUCCCUCCCUCUCUCUCCCCCACCGCUCCAGCAAUCCAGGGCGAUGAGGAACUUGACGCCCACAUGACUGGCAUCGACGCAAGACGACAGUCAGUUUAACAAUUCCUCAUCCUCGAUCACUCGACCCUUUUGGUGCUGCUUCUCUCUCCCCAGGUGGCCACCUGAUGUGAGGAUGAGCAGCGAGACGACGAUCGCAGUCCACCACUCUUCUUCAAUGACAUCCUAUUGACCCUGUCCACUUCGAUUCUAAAGAUCUGUGAUCGUUUUUUUUCUUUUUCUUUUUUUUUUCUUCUUUUUCCCCCCUUCCCUUUUGCGCCUUUCACCUUACUGACCUUCUCGUCUUGUGGAUGUGUACAUACAUACUGGCCUUGAAUCCGGUCUCGGUUUUCGCUCUGCACAUUCGCUUCGCUUUGUCUGGGAUAUGGACAGCUGAUUGAUUCAUCAACUUCUCCCAUCUUGGCCAUUUUCUCUUAAGACGUUCCCAGUUAUCAUCCGCUGUCGUUUCCCUAGCCUCCAGGGUAUCGAAGCCGUACUCAUUACCCUUGCCGAAAAGAAUCCACAAUGGCUUCAAUCCCACACGAUGAAAUCCUAGCUACCUCAGCGGCGCUUCCGGCUGCAGAGUCCGGGGCUGCCAGGCCGGAUAGCCCUCCCAAACUGAAAGGUCGCCGAAGAUUGUUGAAUCGCCUUCAGCGUAUGACAUCAAGCCCUUCUCUCGAACAAACUGGCAGAAGCCGUUCUUCUUCCACCGGUGUCCGCCGACUUGGCAAAGGAUCGAUGUCAUGCAUCUCGCUUUCAUCGACCUUGUCACAUGGGCAGUGUUGGGAGAGCUCCAGCUCUUCCCAAUUCUACGGGAAGUUCUCCGGUAAGCCGCAUGGUGAUGAUACUGGCCCUAUUCGGGUUGUGGAGACGGAACUUAUUUCUGCAAAUGGUUCCCAGCAGACCACCAUCCCGCUACCCGCUGAGAUGCGGCCUUGCUCCAGAGGAUCGCUACUUAGGUCUGCGGUGGCUGUACUUGAGGAUGGUGAAAAUACCCCCGACACCAAGGGCGAGAAAUUACUCAAAAUGCAGAACAAGAAUUACUGGGAUUACUUGCCCGUGGAAAUACAACUGCGAAUCCUUAGCUGGCUUAUGCCUAAAGAAUUGGGUAAAGUAGCCUGUGUGUCGAGAUCAUGGCGUCAGCUUUGUUUUGAUGGUCAGUUAUGGGCGAAAUUUGAUACCUCCACGUACUACAGUGAUAUUCCACGGGAUGCAUUGGUAAGACUGAUAUUUUCCGCCGGACCUUUCAUAAAACAUCUCAAUCUCCGAGGAUGCAUUCAAAUGGCGGAAGCCUGGUUUCAAUGUGGAGAGCAAAUAGCCGAUGCUUGUCGGAAUUUGGUCAGCGUUAAUUUGGAAGGUACCCAUAUCGACAAGCCAACCAUCACCUACUUUCUCGUUCGAAAUCCUAAGCUGGUUCGUAUCAGCAUGACUGGACUUGCAACGGUGACAAAUUCCGAGAUGAACGUCAUCUCCAAGAGCUGUCCACUCUUGGAGUAUCUCGACAUAUCGUGGUGCCGCAAUCUCAUCAAUGCGAACGGAUUGAGGCGCGUUGUCAGGGCCUGUCAUCGACUAAAAGAGCUACGCAUUGAUGAAUUUCGAGCCGUUGAUGACGAGGAGUUUAUGUUGGAGCUAUUUCAGACAAAUACCCUAGAAACACUCGUCAUGUCUCACUGCUCCUCCCUUACCGACAGCGCUCUAAAAGCCCUUUUGCACGGUAAAAACCCAGAGAUAGACAUCCUAACAGGCAGGCCUAUUGCUCCACCUCGAAAAUUGAAACAUCUGAAUUUAUCUCACUGUCAAGGAGUGAGUGAUUUCGGAAUCGGACAUCUCGCAGGCUUUGUUCCUGAGCUAGAAAGCUUGCAGCUAUCAUUCUGUCCUGCUCUGGGGAAUGAUUCUAUCAUAAACCUCAUCGGUACAACGCCGAAUUUAACACGAUUGGACCUUGAAGAGCUGGAAGAACUCACCAAUAAUGUCCUGCUUGCGUUAUCGAAAGCCCCCUGCGCCGCCAGGCUCGAACAUCUCAACAUUAGCUAUUGUGAAAAACUUGGCGACACAGGAAUGAUGCAAAUCGUGAAAAAUUGUCCAAAUUUAAAAUCUCUGGAUCUCGAUAAUACGCGAGUUUCUGAUCUGACACUGAUAGAGCUUUGCUCUCAGAUGCGCAAACGUGGUUUUGGCAUGCAGCCACCCAGAUGCGGAUUAAGGGUGGCCGUAUUCGACUGCGGUAACGUUACUUGGGCAGGGAUCAGAGAAAUUCUCUCCAACAAUACGUUCGUGCCGCGAUAUGCGGAAGCCGCGGUCCUGGCCUCCAGAGCAGAAGAAGAAGAAUCUGGAUCCGGAUCGUCGUCGCCAUCGUCAUCCACGACCUCUGUGACUAUUCUCCCUUCGCCACCUCCAGAGACAACGCAGUGCAAAGCGGAUUUAUAUCCCAAUGAAAUUAUUCAGCUAAAGUGUUUCUAUGGCUGGCAAACGACGGUAGACAUCCAUACGAAACGCGUGUUGAACGGCAACCUCGGGGCAGCAAUGAGACUUGAGCGCAGGUGGACCGAUUGCAUGAUGACCAACGAAGAAGCUGAGGCCGGCGGGAUUGGUGCCAGACGAAGGCGACGGAGAGCGAGAAAUGCUGAAAUGAUGUACAACCUGGAUGACGACGACGACGCUGAUUACGGGUAUGGACCUGGCGGGCUAGUUUCGCUCGGCAAUCGCAGAAGACGGGCACGGAGUGGAGGCUGUGUUGUCAUGUAAAAUACGAUCGGAGUAUGGCUGGAACGAUUGAUUCGAGAGGCCGUGGAGAUGGCCCUAUAGAGCAUGUCCAUUUUGAUCGCCCGUCAGGGUCUUCACACACCAGCCUUUCUCGAAAUGCUGGAGUUGAUAUAUGCAGGGUUUCUAAAUAAAACAUUUUGUCUCGACAGCUGGAGUAUACAUAGAAAGCUAGGAGAUAUGAGGGAACGGGAUCGGGUCCGCUUGGCGUCGAUUAGUUAAGUAAAGGGGUAGUAUACUCCGUACAGAGCAGAAGAACUGGCGUUUCUUAAAAGGUCGUUGAACAGGCAUACGCUUCUUUGAAUAUUUAUGCAUGCUUUUUUCUGCUAUGAAGCUGGAUGGUUGUAUCUCAAAACAUUUUCAAUAACUACGUAUCCUUCUUUUUCUUUUCUUGUUUUUCCUGUUCCUCUCUAGUGCAACGUUGUCCUACCUUCUCAUUGCAUUUGGAACUGGACCUUUGGGGAGCUGAUUAGCUGAUUAGCUGGUCUACUGUAUAUAUAUAUAUA